AUGAAAAAAGGACAACAGAAGCCGACACGAGGAUUUGUAGAUGUACAAGAUGAUAGAUUUUGGACAUGACGCGUUGAUAGAGAAGAAAGCCACCUUGUCCAGCUAUUAAGCCAAGAAGAAGACACUAAAUCUAAUAUAGACAGGCUUCAAAAAGCAGUCAUCAAAGCCAAAAAAGUUGCUGCAAAAAUUAAAAGCAGGCCAAAUGGCGAAUCUCCUUAA